CCAGAUCCUCUCCCCGCGCGAGCCGCGGAUCGGUGGGGCCCACAUGUCAGGUUGCCACGUGGGGGAAGAGAGGAGAGAGAGGAGGAGGAGGAUUCCAUCGGGUUUCCCUUUCUUCUUCCUCGCCCACGCGCGUGGCGCCGCCGCCGCAGAGCUCGAUUCAGACCAUGGCGUCGCCGUCCAUCCCGGCGGCUCUCCGCCACCCGCAUGCCCACGCCGCCGGCCUCCGCCUCCUCCGCUCCUCGGGAGACCCCUGCCCGCCCUGCACCCUUCCGUUUAGGCAGGUUAUGUGGAGUGCCAUUAAAAAAGGGCCAUGUGUACGCUGGUGCUGUAUCUGCUACCAGGAGUCCUGGCUUGGGCAAUGCAGAGAAUCUGCGUGAGAGUCCAAGCUUGUCAAGGAGCUGGGGUAUGAAUGGGCAGAUUGGCGAUGAUCAUGAUAUUCUUAUAGAAUGUAGGGAUGUGCACAAAUCCUUCGGUAACAAGAAGGUAUUGAAUGGCAUUAGCUUCAAGAUUAGACACGGAGAAGCCGUUGGAAUAAUUGGUCCUUCGGGAACAGGAAAGUCAACUGUUUUGAAGGUUAUGGCUGGGCUACUGGCUCCAGACAAGGGCGAUGUUAUUAUUUGCGGAAGAAAAAGACAUGGGCUAGUUAGUGAUGAAGACAUAUCUGGUGUCCGAAUUGGCUUGGUGUUUCAAAGUGCAGCUUUGUUUGAUUCUCUCACGGUUCGUGAAAAUGUUGGAUUCCUUUUAUAUGAAAAUUCCAGCCUGCCUGAGGAGAGAAUAGCUACACUAGUGACAGAAACAUUGGCCGCAGUAGGCCUAAAAGGCGUUGAAGAUCGAAUGCCAUCUGAAUUGUCUGGUGGCAUGAAAAAGCGUGUAGCUCUAGCUCGUUCAAUAAUAUACGAUGAUACAAAGGAAACAAUAGAGCCAGAGGUUAUUUUGUACGAUGAGCCUACUGCUGGACUUGACCCUAUUGCAUCCACCGUUGUUGAAGACCUUAUACGUUCCGUACAUGUAACAGGGAAAGAUGCUCUUGGUAAGCCUGGAAAGAUAGCAUCUUAUGUGGUUGUCACUCAUCAGCAUAGCACAAUAAAACGAGCCGUUGACAGGUUGUUAUUUCUCCAUGAGGGGAAGGUAGUGUGGGAAGGAAUGACACAAGAAUUUACUACAUCAACAAAUCCUAUUGUAAAACAGUUUGCAUCUGGUAGCUUGGAUGGACCGAUACGGUACUUCUGAGAAUUAUAAUCCAAGUUUUCUUAAUGCUCCCUGCCCUACCAACCUGCACAUUCUGCCAUAUCUACAGAAGGCAUCCCAGAACAAGAGGACGACAUGUGACUUGUAUCUGGUUACCUUAGGCAGGUCUGGAGGUACACAGCAAAGUUUCUGCCUUGGCAUUAUUAAGCAACCAAUAGUUGCGUUAGCACACAGGAAUAUAACCCUUGAGAUUUGUUGGACCUUGUUAAGUGAAAUAAACAGGAAGAAGAGCUUGUAAAAUGGAACAGUUUGUUGGUUGAGUUGUGUAAAUGUAACCUUGAUUGUAGCAGCUGCUUGGGUGUUGGUGUCAUAGAUGAGAGAUUCUAUAUUCAAUUAUUGAUAAAGGCUCUACAAUUUUGCGAGCCAAAAUCGAUUGGUUGUAUUUGCAGGCCUGACUGCUAGUACCAUAACAUGGAGACAAUAGAUGAGAUAUUGAUCUAAUU